CUUCUGGCUAUUAGCAUUCCCCACCCGUUUCUUCCGCUUUUGUUCUUUAACUCAGGUAGAAUUUUGAAGCCUGCAAAUGGACAAGCAUCUGAGCAAGUAUCUUGGUAUGUGCCCAAACCUUUUACUCCUGAACAAGCACUGCUGGACAACAUCAACCCUUCUGCUUCAGUUGCCGUGAAAUUUACUACCAGCAAGAGGGAAGAGACUUUUGGAAUUUUGACUUCACCAAGCUUGCCUUAUUGUUAGACUGACCCAUGCUAUGGCAGUUGCCAAUAUGGAUAUGCUUAGUAGAUACAAAAAGCUACUAGCUAGGAAUUUUAAUAUAUUUGAUGUUUUGUUCUGUUCAAUUGUUUAGAGUUGCAAACUUUUUAUGAUAUGAGAAGGCAAUUGCAAGGUAUGAGCAUUCACAUUUAGUGGCCCUGAGGUUUUUUUCUUUUCAUAGUUUUCCUGUUCCAUGAACUUUAAUUAUGCAUUAAUAUACUC